GAGCCGCCCGGGCCGCCCCCCCCGCCCUGCGCGUCAUGGUUCCGGCGGCCUAUAAAGGGCCCCGCGCCCCGCGCGUCCUCGGCGCUCUUCCCGCGGAUCCGCGCGUCCUGCCCUGACCCACGCAGCCAUGGCCUCGGGGAACGCGCACAUCGGGAAGCCGGCCCCCAACUUCCAGGCAACCGCAGUGGUGGACGGUGCGUUCAAGGAGGUGAAGCUGUCGGACUACCGAGGGAAGUACGUGGUCCUCUUUUUCUACCCGCUGGACUUCACCUUCGUGUGCCCCACGGAGAUCAUCGCCUUCAGCGAGCACGCGGACGCCUUCCGCAAGCUGGGCUGCGAGGUGCUGGGCGUCUCCGUGGACUCCCAGUUCACCCACCUGGCCUGGAUCAACACCCCCCGGAAGGAGGGAGGCUUGGGCCCCCUGAAAAUUCCCCUGAUAGCCGAUGUCACCAGAAGCUUGUCCCACGACUAUGGGGUGCUGAAGGAAGAUGAAGGCAUUGCCUACAGGGGCCUCUUCAUCAUCGAUGGCAAAGGUGUUCUCCGCCAGAUCACUGUCAAUGAUUUGCCCGUGGGCCGCUCGGUGGAGGAGGCACUGCGGCUGGUUCAGGCCUUCCAGUACACGGAUGAGCAUGGGGAAGUGUGUCCGGCUGGCUGGAAGCCCGGAAGUGACACCAUCAAGCCCAACGUGGAUGACAGCAAGGAAUACUUCUCCAAACACAACUAGGCUGGCCCUUUGCCCACCUGCAACCGCGCUGGGCAUCCACGCUGUCCACAGAGAGAGGCCAGACCCGCCCUCCGACUCCAGGCUCUUCCUGCAGAGGGAUUCUCCGAAGCUGGUGAAUGGUGGUGACCCUGACUCUGGAGCCCACGUCGCACAGCACAGGCCUAGAAGGAGUCAAUAAAGUAUUAGGGCUAGAUGUGAA